AUGAACUACUUGGCCGUUUUAUGCAAAUUUCUGGUGUUCAGCUGGAUUGGGGUGCACAGUAAGUUCUGUGAGUUCAUUCUUAAUUGGUUGAAGUUCGACAAAGUUUAACAUUUUGGUGUGUUUUUUGAAUUAUUGGCAGUAAAUUUUUGAUUUCUUAAUAUCUUUGGCUAAACCUUUUUUUAUUUUUGCUUUUUUUAAUUUUCAUGUUUUCGUGGUGGGACCCAACUUGGGUUUUAAAAUUUGUAGGAUUUUAUAAAUGUGUUAUAACAAGCCAUUUUAACUACUUUUUAUGCACUUUUCAGCAAUAAUUUUACUUUUUGCAAAAAAAUGGGUCCCACCACGAAAACCUGAAUUCUUCGAAAAACGCUAUUUUUGACCAAAACUUGGUAUAAAAAUUAAUGACGCCUUACUCUCAAUCACUUCCGACUAUUUUCAGAUGGUGUAUCAGACAGUUUAGAAGCGGGUAGUGGCGAAGAUGAUCUUUUCGAAAACCUCGGAUUUGAACUGCCGGCACAUUAUCGACUAGAACGGCACCUGAUGAAAUACUACAAUAACAGGAUAUUACCACGACGAAAAGCGGCUUGGUCAGUAAAAGUCAAAUUCCGAAUAGCAUUGUACCAGAUUGUGGAGGUGAACGAACCACAACAGUACGUCAUACUGAAUUCGUGGAUCGUGGAGAGUUGGAAGGAUGACUUCUUAUAUUGGGAUCCGGUCAAAUUUGAAAAUAUUACCGAAAUUAUACUGCCGGCUGAGAAUUUAUGGACUCCUGAUACUACACUUUACAAUUCGUAAGCCAUUUUUGUUUAAAACUUAAGCUUAAGCAUGCUAAGCCUAAGCCUACUAAGCCUAUGCCUACUAAGUCUAAGCCUAUUAAGCAUAAGCCUACUAAGACAAAGUCUACUAAGCCUAAGCUUACUAAGCCUAAGCCUAAUAAGCCUAAGCCUAAGCCUACGCCUAAGUCUAAGCUUAAGCCUAAGCUUACUAAGCUUAAGUCUACUAAGCCUAGGAAUACUAAGCUUAAGCCUAAGCAUACUAAGUCUAAGCUCACUAAGCCUAAGCUUGCGUCUACUAAACCUAACUUGACUAAGCCUAGGCCUAGUAAGCUUAUGUUUACUGAGCGUAAGCCUAAGCUUAAACCUACUAAGCCUAAGACUACUAAAAUUUGAUGCUUAUUAAGUUUAAGCCUGCCAAGCCUAACUUUAAGCCUAAGCUUAAUAAGCCAAAGAUUACUAAGCCCAAAAGGUUUAAACCUAAUCAAGACCUUAAUUUUUUUUUUUCAUUUUAGGCUUCUGAUGGACGACGCCGAAUCCCGUCGGAUUCAGUCGAUCAAAGUGACAACUCUACCUCAUCGUCAUACUGCCCAAAUCGAGUUUUUAUACCCAACCUUGUACAAAUUUAGUUGCACAUUGGACUUGAGGUUAUUUCCGUUUGAUGAGCAGGUAGGUAUUUCAAUGUUUUUAAAAUUUUAAAUUUAAAAUGGCAGUUUUUUGGUUUUUUUUGUUUCGGAAGAGGGGGGGGGGGGGGUUUCGGCCGCUUAAAACUGGUCUAAAAUACAAAAAAGGUAAAAAAAACAUAAUCAAUUAUGGAUAUGAAUUCAAAAACUCAAAAAAGCGAGCUUUUACUUUACUAUUUUUAACGUUUUAUGUUUAAAUUCCCCGAGGGGAUUUAAAUAACAAAACUGAAUGUCGCGUUCCUUUGUCGUGUUCCUUGACAGUUGACAAAUAUACUGAAACGUAUACGAUUUUACAACAAUUCAAAAUUAUUUAUGCUCAAAAAGUAUAAAAUUUCAAAAAAAAAUUGAAAAAAAAAUUUAAAUUUAAAAAAAUUUUAAUUUUGCAAAAACUUUGUUUACAAAGCAUAUUAAAAUUUCUUUUUUGGCGAAGCACUGAAAUUUUUGAAGAUUUGGAUUGUCAUUACAUUUUAAGGUAAAAAUUCUAAAGAUGAAGAUUAAAAAAUUGUACUUUUAGUUCUGUAAGCUGACCUUUGGCAGCUGGACCCAUGAUAACAAAGCGAUUGAUUAUCACCCCAAUAAUGGAACUGAUGCGGCAAUUGGAGUUGAAAAUUGUAUUGAAAAUGAAGAAUGGAACAUUAUACAGACUUCUGGUAAGAUUAAUAUCUUUUAUUUCAAAUUUAUGGUCAAAUUUUCGGUCUCAACACGAAAGUUUCUCAAAAUCUUAGCGUCGUGUUUAAAGGCUUGAAAGGUAAAUAUAAAAGCGAAAAAAGUUAUUUACAUCGUAUUUUACAGUAUCUAAAACACUUUAAAAUUUUUUUUUCAAGUUUGUGAUCAUUUAUUGGGUCCCACCACGAAAAUUUCCUAAAUAUCGGCCUUUUUUAAAUUAAAACAAAAACGAAAUUUCAGUGUCACGAAUGGAAAGAAAAUACCAUUGUUGUCCAAAUAACUACACGUUACUCGAGUUUUACAUCUUGAUGCAACGAAAACCAUUGUACUACGUUACCAACCUGAUAGCACCAACUGCCAUCAUUACUUUCAUCGCUAUCAUUGGAUUCUUUUCUUCAGCGACUGUUAAUCAAAUUAGAGAUGAAAAAAUCACACUUGGUAUUACCACGGUAAGAUUUUUAGUUUUUAAAAGGUAAAUAAGUGAUAAUUCAAGUUUUCGUUGGGAGACCAAAAAUGAAAUUUUUUAAAAAUAUAUUAAAGUUGAAAAUUAUACGUAUUUCAGCUUCUUUCAAUGUCAAUUUUAAUCUUCAUGGUAUCUGAUAAAAUGCCAUCUACAUCAUCUUUUGUACCACUUAUAGGUAAGUGCUUACUGUAAUAUAUAAUACUUAAUAUCAUUCUUUUAAAUUUACUUUAGGUAGUCCUACAGGGUAAAAACGGCGUUAUUAUGCCAAAUAAACAAUAAAAUAACAUGUUUUCAGGUUGGUUUUACACCUCCAUGAUGUUGCUGAUAUCACUUGGUACCUGGGCGUCGGCGGUCGUAAUUUCAGUUCAAAAGAAGGGUAUUAUGGGAAAACGACCGCCAAUGAAGACCAUGAGAUGGGCUAGAAAGUUGGGCAGUAUUCUUCAAGUGGAAAUGCCAUUACUUAUGAAACAGGCUUAUGCGCUUAAGGCUAAGGUGAGUACUGUAACAUUUUUGUCGCAAAAAUACAUUUUUAAGUUUUGACGAUUGGAGGUCACACAUGACGUAUUUACCCUCAAUAUAUGUGUUUUGUGGCUUGAUUUAACAGUACUACCCAUUAAUACUAACAAAACUUUCAGCGGCGGACGACAUUUUUCACACUUUUCAAUUCAAACGUCUUUGGAGGAGCGAAAAAACAGUCGGCGGAAGAAAAAGAGGUAAUAAUGACAUGAUUGAUAAUUUUCAUAACAUUUUAAAGGUUAAAAUACAAAAAGAAAUAGUGAAUUAUGUCGAAAAAGGCCAAAAAGUACCAAGCCACCUAGGGGGAUCGAACCCCUGACCGUUGGAUUAAAAGUCCAACGCUCUACCGCUGAGCUAAGGAGGCUCACGCGCACGAUUGCCUUAUUAUUGUUUGUGAACUUCUUUGGAGUGAUUGAAAGGAGAGAUAAUCUGUUAUUAGUGGUUUUAGAGUGAAUGUUAACAUUUUUUAAAACCUAAUUUUUAUUUUUUUUUGUUUUAAGGUCUUCACUAACAUUCUUUGUGGAUUUUUACUAAUUUCAACCCGAUUACUGUUAUUUUUAUACUAAAUCUAACAAUUAUUUUGCUGUAAAACAAUAAAAAAUAAUUUUAAAACUAUUUUUAAAACAUAAAAUUAUCUAAAUUUAAAUUUUCAGCAAGAAAAAAUCAUGAAGCAAGCGAAUGCCAACCGAAGGCCGUCGUUUUUCACCCGAUCAUGGCAAAAAUUGAGUAAUUCCCGAUCUACCACGCCCAUUACAAACUCAACUCUCCUGCCACCGCCUAAUAGUGACAGUGCUAAUAGCGGAUUGACUAGAUUAGCGUCGUUUCAAAAAAGUCAACAGCCAACAAUGGAGCUAUCCACCAUGUCAAUAGGUUGGUUUAGGCUUGAUGCACGCGGAAUAACAAUUUUGUUAGGCUUAUUUUUGGUUGAGAUUUAUUUUUUUAGUCUUCUUGAGUUAUAACUAGCAUUUUUAACAUAUUUUUAGUUUUUAUUUUGUUACAUGACUUGAAAAAAUCAAAAACUUUGUUUUUAAUACCUAAAUUAGCAAAAAAUGCCUUUACAAAUCAAAAAACGGCAAAAACUUUCUUUACAAGACAAAAAUGGCAAAAACUUUCUUUACGAAACCGAAAAUGGCAAAAACUUUCUUUACAAAACUAAAGAUGACAAGAACUUACUUUACAGAACAAAAAAUGGCAAGAACUUUCUUUACAUAUCAAAAAAUUACAAAACUUUUUUAAAAAUUUCAAAAACUUUAAAUUCUUCAAAUCCACCCAAUUUCACCAGCUUUGCCACACUAACACUCACAGUUGCCGUGCCAUUACACUCAUUCCCUCAGGCUUUGGUUGCUUUUUACUCUAUCGCUUCUCAUUUCCGUUUUUUCUUUGCUCAAGGUCUUCUGAAUGCUGACGAUCUGAGAUUCGCAGAUGAAGGUGAUGAAGACCUGACACUGGACGAAUGGGACCCAUCCACACCUGGUCCGCCGACGCCAACGCGGCUUCAGCCCAAUGGUUCGGUUUGGCCGCCAACUGCGCCCGAAAGUCCGCCGAGGAGGUCACAGAGUACAGUAACAGCGCCUAUUAUCAGGAAAGGCAGUAAACGACCGGCUAUUGUACCUGAGUUGUCGUUGGAUGGGAGUGAGUUUAAUUUGUUGUAUGGGUAUAGAAAGGCAGGGCCGGACGGGCAUUUUUAAGAAAUGGGGGGGGGGGCGCUCGGCCUUGUAGGAAGGUAUUAUGGAUUACUGUAAUUUGGGUUAACGCAUAGUCGGUUAGGGUAGGGUAGUGUAGGGUAGGGUAGGAUAGGGUAGGAUAGGGUAGAGUAGGGUUGGGUAGGGUAUUUUGUUUAAAUCUCCAAAAUUCCAGACCCAAUGAUAACCACACCUCAGGGCAAUCAGCGAACACUGGCUGAAAUCGAAUACGAUUGGCUAGCUGAAAUUGUGGAACGAGUAUUCUUGGUCAUUUUCAUUAUAUUGUUUUUGUUUUGCGCUAUCGGUAUCAAUUUCAUUGGCUUCUACCACUGGAUGAGGACACAAAUUAUAGACACGGUGGAUGAGUAA